GCCCGUGGCGGGUACGAGCACCGCCAUGACCGAGAGACCGUGGCGGGUGCGAGCACCGCCAUGACCGAGAGACCGUGGCGGGUGCGAGCACCGCCAUGACCGAGAGCCCGUGGCGGGUACGAGCACCGCCAUUACUGAGAGCCCGUGGCGGGUGCGAGCACCGCCAUUACUGAGAGCCUGUUCCGUGAGGUCGUGUCGCGGUUACCGGACCUGGCUCCAGGCCAAGCCGUCCGAUCAGAUGUGGUUAUUGCUGGCUAGGCCAGCAUUUAUUGCCCAUCCGUAAUUGCCCAGAGAGCAGUUAAAAGUCAACCACAUUGCUUUGGGACUGGAGUUACAAGUAGGCCAGACCUGAAUAAUUACACAAAAGAGAGAUCCUUGAGAAAUGUUUCGACCUAAAGUUACUCUAAAAGAUCGGCAACACCUUUACCGACUCAUUAUUGGCCAGCUGCUAUAUGAUGGAUACAUGAAUAUUGCAUCAAACCUGAUCAAUGAGAUCAAGCCACCAUCAGUUUGCUCCCCCUCCGAGCAACUAUUGCAUCUUGCAAAGCUUGGGAUGGAAAAUGACGACAACACUGUACAGUAUGCUAUUGGAAGGUCAGACACCGUGGCUCCUGGUACAGGUAUUGACAUGGAAUUUGACGCUGAUGUUCAAACUAUGUCCCCGGAGGCUGCUGAGUAUGAGACAUGCUACGUGACAUCACAUAAAGGGCCAUGCCGUGUUGCCACCUAUAGCCGAGAUGGACAGCUGAUUGCUACAGGCUCUGCUGAUGCAUCUAUCAAGAUUCUGGAUACAGAGAGGAUGUUAGCAAAGAGUGCCAUGCCCAUUGAGGUGAUGAUGAAUGAGACAGCUCAACAGAAUAUGGAAAACCAUCCUGUAAUUCGCACCCUGUAUGAUCACGUAGAUGAGGUCACCUGCCUUGCUUUCCAUCCCACAGAACAGAUACUGGCAUCAGGGUCAAAGGACUACACACUGAAACUUUUUGACUAUUCCAAGCCUUCUGCCAAAAGAGCAUUCAAGUAUCUUCAGGAAGCAGAAAUGCUCCGCUCCAUCUCCUUUCACCCUUCCGGCGACUACAUUCUAGUGGGAACACAGCACCCCACUCUGCGAUUGUAUGACGUCAAUACCUUCCAGUGUUUUGUGUCAAGUAAUCCCCGUGAUCAGCACACAGAUGCUGUCUGUGCUGUGAGCUAUAAUCCCAGUGCCAACAUGUAUGUGACAUGCAGUAAAGAUGGCAACAUCAAGCUGUGGGAUGGAGUAUCGAAUCGCUGCAUCACAACCUAUGAAAAAGCACAUGAUGGUGCAGAGGUGUGCUCGAUUAUGUUCUCACGAAAUUCGAAGUAUGUUUUGUCAAGCGGAAAGGAUUCUAUUGUGAAACUGUGGGAAAUAUCAACUGGCCGCACAAUGGUUAAAUACACAGGAGCAGGGUUGAGUGGCAGACAAACACAUCGCACCCAGGCUGUCUUUAACCAUACUGAAGAUUAUGUGCUUCUCCCCGAUGAAAGAACAAUAAGUCUUUGCUGCUGGGACUCACGUACAGCUGAACGCAAGAACCUCCUGUCUCUUGGACACAACAAUAUUGUUCGUUGUAUUGUGCACUCUCCUACCAAUCCUGGUUUUAUGACCUGCAGUGAUGACUACAGGGCCAGGUUUUGGUAUAGAAGAUCCAGCACUGAUUGAUUCAUACAACUGAAUUAUGAGGAGGUGGAGAAAUGAAUCCUGGUCACAGUAUAAUGAGAAGAAGAUGGGAAGCAUUUUAGUUCUUUCAUCUAGCUCUAUAAACCGCCGCCUUGUCAUUCUCCAAAUUUUUGACCUGAGAGGGGUAACAGAAUUAAUUCUGAAGUAUUGAUUUGCUGUUGCUAAAACAGUACAUUGUUUGUAUGAAGGUUCCCGGCUUGUUGACCCCCGUACAUUUGUAAUUGUUUGAAAUCCAUUUGAUUUUGUUCACCUUUUAUUCCUUGAUUAUGACAAUAUAAAUAUUUUGUCAUAAGGGAAACUUCAGCAUUGUUUUGUGUGUUUUCAAACACUGUUCCACAGUUGCAAUUCAAAAAAUGUUAUUCUUGCUUUUCACUGUAAUAGAUCCACUAAAAGCCAUUUUUAGCCUUCUAAGUCUUGUGGGCGGCACGGUGGCACAGUGGUUAGCACUGCUGCCUCACAGCGCCUGAAGACCCGGGUUCAAUUCCCGCCUCAGGCGACUGACUGUGUGGAGUUUGCAUGUUCUCCCCGUGUCAGCGUGGGUUUCCUCCGGGUGCUCCGGUUUCCUCCCACAGUCCAAAGAUGUGCGGGUCAGGUGAAUUGGCCAUGCUAAAUUGCCCGUAGUGUUAGGUAAGGGGUAAAUGUAGGGGUAUGGGUGGGUUUCGCUUCGGCGGGUCGGUGUGGACUUGUUGGGCCGAAGGGCCUGUUUCCACACUGUAAAUCUAAUCUAAUCUAAAGUCAAACAUAUGUCUCCAUCAUUUACAAGGGGCUUUAAAAUGGGAGUUGGUGUUGGAAAAGAUCACCAAUUAUAACUUCCAGUCCUUUUCAUAUUUUUGUCUCAAGCUGACUUUUGUAUUUCUGAUGACAGAUUUCAUUGACAUAACUUUUGUAAUUGACUUAUAGUCAAUGGAUUCUUAUUCCAAAAGGAUCAAACAAUCAACUCCAGCAUCUACCCUGUCUAUGUAAGCCAUAAGAUGAAUGUUGGCACACUAUUCAUUCAAGGGGCAUCACAGCAGAAAUAAAAUUCUGUUCUCAUUCUG